GGCCCAGAAGGAAGGAAGCCGCGCCUCUCUCGGCCGCGCCGUCGCGCUCACCAGUCACCACCACCAGAAGAGGAGGGGGGGGAGGCGCCUGCUCCUCCCGCGGCGAGCGGCGGCGGCGGGAGAGGUGGGGGAGAGAUGUCGGGGUGGCUCAAGGCACUGGCGUACGGCGCGGGGGGCGUGGCGGUGGCCGGCCUGGCGGCGCUGGUGGCGCUGCAGGAGCGCCUCGUCUACGUGCCCGUGCUCCCGGGCCUGGCGCGCGCGUACCCCAUCACGCCCGCGCGCCUCCGCCUCUCCUACGAGGACGUCUGGCUCCGCGCCGCCGACGGCGUGCGGCUCCACUCCUGGUUCAUCCGCCACUCCCCUACCUGCCGAGGUCCAACCAUCCUGUUCUUCCAAGAAAAUGCUGGCAACAUUGCUCAUCGUUUGGAAUUUGUUCGACUAAUGAUGCAGCGGCUACAGUGCAACGUCUUUAUGCUUUCUUAUAGAGGGUAUGGUGAGAGUGACGGCUAUCCUUCUCAGAAAGGGAUCCAAUAUGAUGCACAGGCUGCACUUGAUCAUCUAGCUCAGAGGAAGGACAUUGAUACAUCCAGGAUAGUUAUCUUUGGAAGAUCUUUAGGAGGCGCUGUGGGUGCAGUUCUUGCGAAAAACAAUCCUGAGAAGGUGGCUGCUCUAAUACUGGAAAACACAUUUACAUCUAUACUGGAUAUGGCUGGCAUCAUGCUUCCCUUCUUAAGAUGGUUCAUAGGUGGCAGCUCAUCUAAAGGUCCAAAACUUCUGAACUGUGUUGUUCGCUCUCCAUGGAGCACACUUGAUAUUGUUGGAGAGGUCAAACAACCGAUUCUCUUCCUUUCUGGAUUGCAAGAUGAACUUGUCCCCCCUUCGCACAUGAAGAUGCUAUAUGACAAAGCUGUUGAACAUAACAGAAAUUGCAGAUUUAUUGAUUUUCCUAGUGGCAUGCAUAUGGAUACCUGGAUGUCUGGAGGGGACCGCUACUGGAGGGCAAUCCAAUUGUUUUUGGAUCAAUAUGCUCCAGAAGUACAGAGUCGUGAUGCCAGCUUCAAAAGUGAAAUUGCUGAGGAUGAUGAAGCUGCUGAUUGACCGAAACACAUCUGGAUCAGAUUUCCUUUUCCAAGCUCAUGAUUUCUGAUAUUGCUGCAAUUUCUAUCAUCAAUGAACUGAAGCUCACUGCAAAAAUUAAUUCAGGCAAUUGUUCUGCUCCAUUAUACAUGAAGCAGCCGAAGUUGUGAAUAUUUUUCAAGGAUUCUCCACCAUGCUCUGCCGCUACUGUUGCCCCUGGAUCCUGAAAUAUCUGAGUCUAUUUGUCUAUUAUGAACCGAAUACAUCCUCUUGAUUGAAUGUACGAAUUGCAUAGGUUUUCUUUAAUAGAACUAGUAUCGGGACAUUCCUGAAAAUGUGGACCUGGUGUAUGCGAGCCCGAUACAUAGGUUGUAAGCUCGUUGGCUCAACCAUUUGGCUUUGUGAUUUUGAUUGUCUAUUACCAAUGUGGUUUCAUGUUUAUUUCCUUUUUCCCUUGUAUACUGAAAUGUUCUAGCAAGAAAGUGAGUUGGAAAUCCGUUUAACGUGGAUUAUAUUUUUUUCUCGAA